AUGCUUAGCCGAAAUAAGUUGCGUGAAAUUUUGUCAAAGCAUCAACAGGCCUUCGAGGGAAGUAAAAUUUUACCAUCAAAAAGUGCAAAUGAAAAAAUCAAAAAUAUAAGUCUAGGAAAACCGAUCGAAAAAAUAUUUCUGGAGAAUAUAGAGGAUAGUGAUGUAAUGAAACCUUUUGGAAUGACCGGACGGCGUACACCAAUUGAAUAUUUCACUUAUAAAGAAGAUGAUUUCCAUUAUAAAAAGCCGAGCGAGCACACCGAUUACAGCAGAUUGGACAUCUUUCAUCGAGCUGUAAGUCCAAUACUCAUUAUAGGUCAAUGUUUCUCGCUAAUGCCGGUUCAAGGAGUAAGCCAGCCGAACCCGCGUCACGUGCGAUUUUCAUUUAAGACCUUACGGGUGCUGAUCACUUUGAUAUUUUUAGUUGCAAGCUCUGCAUUAAAUCUUGCGAUGAUGAAGCAUUUGGCUAGAAUUGGUGUAAAUGCGAAAAAUUUAGUCGGCGUUGUGUUCUUUACRUGCGUGCAAUCAUCGACGAUACUGUUUCUUUCGUUGGCGCAACGUUGGCCCCGGCUUAUUCGCUUUUGGACCCGCACUGAAAUGAUCUUCAUACGAAAGCCAUAUGAAACGCCGAAACGUGAUUUGUCGACCCGCGUGCGUCGCGCUGCGAUCACAAUAAUAUUUCUCUCAGCAGUGGAACACUUGUUGUAUCURGCAUCAGCUGUAGUCUCACAAUAUCGCAGAGCAAAUUUCUGUGCCACUCUACAAAACAGCACUGUUCAUUUUACUUUCGAGGAUUACACCUACAAAAAUUAUGAUUAUGUCUACGARUUAUUCCCCAAUACCACACUAGUUGGCAGUCUUAUUUUGGUUGUGAAUUUCGUAUGCACUUUCGUUUGGAACUACAUGGAUCUUUUCAUAAUGAUGGUCGGCAAAGGCAUUGCMUACCGUUUCGAGCAAAUGAAGAUGCGUAUAAAUAAUUUGUUGAAUAAGGAAGUACCUGAGUCGAUUUUCAUGGAAAUAAGAGAUCAUUACGUUAAAUUAUUGGAACUGCUCGAAUAUGUGGAUGAGGACUUAUCAGGCAUUAUUUUACUCUCCUGUGCUAAUAAUCUCUAUUUCGUUUGCUACCAAUUGCUGAACAUCUUCAAUAAAUUGCGUUGGCCAAUUAAUUACGUUUACUUUUGGUUUUCGCUACUCUUCUUAAUUGGACGGACGGCUUUUGUCUUUCUAACAGCAGCAUCCAUCAAUGACGAGGCAAAAGACGCUUUGGGUGUGCUGCGGCGUGUGUCGGCUAAGACCUGGUGUGUUGAGGUGGAACGAUUAAUUUUUCAAAUGGCAACUACGACAGUGGCSUUAUCCGGGAAGAAAUUUUACUUUCUAACCAGACGUUUACUUUUUGGGAUGGCAGGCACCAUUGUCACCUAUGAAUUGGUUUUGCUGCAAUUCGAUGAACCCAACCGUUCCAAAGGUCUGCCACAUCUAUGCGCUUAGUGCCUUUAAACACUUACCGAGAGAUAUGACAACAAUGCACGCCCAUUACAAGGAAAAACGAAGUCAACAACAAACACCUAUACACAUAUACAACAAUGCUGGUCUCCCUUCAUAUCACUUGUGCUUA